GAUUGCACCCGGAGGCAGACGUCUGCUUAGGUCCUUUGUUGCGCGACGGCGGCAGUCAGGAAAAUCGGUUUCACGAUAGUGGGGUCAGGAUAAGGCGCCAAGUUGUAAUUUGAUUGAUUGGUCAUUCGUUUGCAUUCGAGUUGCCCAAAUUUUAUCGACGGAUAACGAGUGAUAGUGCUACGUGUGAACAAAUAUCAAGUGCUAGGGAAAUGAUUGACAAUUUUGUGUAUUAGUUCGGUCGGCUUUGUUUGUGGUGAAAUUUUCGGAAAAUCACAACCUGAUUGUUACAAUAUGUUUUCCUUUAUCAGCCAAGAUCGGAGGCACAGCCGUGCUUUUAUCGCGUUCAUCGUUUACAUAACGCUGUUUUUGGAUAAUAUGCUACUAACUGUUAUAGUGCCAAUCCUUCCGGACUACUUGGGCCACUUUUACUCGCAGUCGAAUGCAUCGUUUAGCAUCCCAAAAAGCGUGCUCUACAAGAACUUUGACCUGCACUACGUACCAAAACUUAUCGGAGCCACCACGGGCAACGUUUUGCUCAAGAAUUUCACCGGAUCGGUCGAUCAACAAAGAUCACUGGACUCGGAAAAUGGAUCCAUCGGAAUCCUGCUUGCAGUGAAGGCGUUGGUGCAACUGGUUUUUAAUCCUAUCGUCGGAAACGUUUCCUCCAAGCUUGGCUACAGUAUACCGAUUGCUUUUGGAACGCUGAGUCUGUUUCUGGCGUCGGUUAUUUUCGCCCUCGGAAAUUCCUACGCAUCGUUAUUUGUGGCACGAGCGAUUCACGGAGUCGGAUCGGCAUGUGUCUGCGUUUGCGGGAUGAGUUUGGUGGCGCAGUUGUACACGGAGCCGGACAAGCGAUCCAAAAUCAUGGGAACGAUUCUAGGAAGCAUCGCGGUUGGAGUUUUGAUAGGCUAUCCUUUCGGAGGAAUAGCUUAUGACAUCGUUGGAAAAGCCGCCCCGUUUCACAUUCUUACGGUUUUGUGUUUGAUGAUACUGGUGGUACAAUUGCUGUGUCUGGAUUUCUCCUGCCGUCAACAGACGUCUUCCAUCGUCGUAGACGAAGGUCAUUCGAAGUGGAUCCCUCUGCUAACGGAUCGACUAAUUCUUGUAGUCAUCGGAGCAAUUUGGAUUUCAACUUCGGCCAUGUCUAUUCUAGAACCGUGCUUGCCAUUGUGGAUGAUAAGUGUCUUGCAUCCGAAAAAGUGGCAACUCGGAACGGUGUUCAUUCCGGAUUCCGUCGGAUACUGGAUCGGAACAAAUUUCUUCGGAAGCGUUGCAUACAAGUUCGGCCAGAUAAAGAUUGCAAUACUGUCACUCACCGUGGUGGGAGUUUCCUGCAUUGUGAUUCCUUCUGCUACGACUGUUCUUGGGCUGCUACUGCCGCAUUUCAGUUUAGGAUUGGGGAUCGGUGUAUUGGACGCAGCUCUAGUGCCUCUCCUGGCAACGAUUGUCGAUAGCCAAUGUGGAAGUGACAACGAAAGUGACAUCUGUGAAUCUUCACCAAACUAUGGAGCAGUGUACGCCAUUCAGCAAAUAGCAGUGAGUCUCGCUUAUUCCCUGGCGCCCAUUCUAGGAGGGGAAUUGGUUCCGUGGAUUGGAUUCCCCUGGCUAAUGCGCGUCAUGGGACUGCUUAAUCUCGUCUAUGGCCCUCUACUGGUGUACUCCGGCAUCCGUGAAAGUGUCCAUUGUAUGCUGCAGAAACGAGCAGAUUUGCCACUGGCAUCGGUUGAAUUUGCCCAUACGGAAGGAAGCUACAAGCGAUUCUACAACGCGGUAGAUUAACCCAACAGAAAUCAAUGAGGUGUGAACGAAUUUGAUGGAGUUUCUUAUCUCGACGAAACCAUUCGUGACUAGGCGUCGUGGAGCGUAAAGACUUACUCUUUCAUUCCAUUACGUUACUGGAUGUUGUGGCGGAAGGAAACUGGCGAAUGAAACCAAGGAAUGUGUAAUAAAGAAAUGUUCCAGUGAAAAUAAA